UUCCGGGGUUUUAUUAGCGCUCGGCUGUUCUCCAACGAGUUAGAUCGGCGUCUUCACACCUGGGGAACGUUAUAAAGUCGCUCCAAAAUUUAAACUUCACUGCGACUUCAUUGAGAUUUCACUCUGCAUAACGAAGUGCGGCAAAUGCGGUGGGAGAGAUUAAAUUCCGGAUCGGACGGCCUGUUAUUUAUGUCUUAUUUAUGGCAAUGCCCAUUGGAAUGUAAAUUCAACCCACUUGCCCAGAAAUUAUGCAUUCGGGUUGAUUAACGGAGUGGAUUGGGAUUUUUCGUGUGUGGGUCAAGUUGGCGUGAUCUUUUACCUGGUCGAGAGUGGAUUGGCCAAGUUGUUGAUUCGAGACGGUGGGAUGUGAGACUGCACAUGGACCUUUCAGUGUGUUGAGGUUGAAUUUGAGGUGCAAUAGAGUCUUGAAUUAUCAAGUCAUCGGGCCGAAUUAAGGAGGAAAAUAUAAUUAAUUGAGUAGAAUUUUUUAAUGUGUAAUUAUUCAUAAAAAUUGAUUUGUGUUGUGAGAGCUGGAAAAAUGUCAAUGCUGCCUUGAGAACUGGGUUGUUGAUCAAGUAAACGGUUUAUAUUGAUGCGAGAAUUGCAAGUAAAUAUUUAAUUAGUCAAGUGAACGCAUCAUCGGCGGAUGAAUUGCAUCUCAAGUUUCUCCGCAAGUCGGUCAUUAAUGGAGGCUUCAAUGGUAAAUGUCAGUGAUUGUGAAUUGAUUAGAAACGGAUGUGUGCGGUUUUUUGCAAAUAUCCAAGUCACGAAUUCCAGAAGCAGAGAAUGGAACGCUAAGAUUGCUAAUUUGAGGAUUGAAUUCAUCGGCGAGUCGACCUAGUAAAUUAAGAGCGUCUGGUUUACAGCAGCAAGUCCAGUAAACCGUUAAUGAAGACGCUCAUGCGUUUUUUUUCCUAUUUUUCAUUUGUGGAACGAGACUGGAUAAGACGCGACGGAUAAUCUCAUUAAAGUAAUGGGAAAUUCCAGAUCGCAGGUGCCCCGGAGGCACAGAAAGAAAACUUAUUUACUUUAUGUCAUCAAUCGUACGUGGAAUGGGUUACGGGGUGACAGGGAGCUGCGAAAGGCUGGCGAUAGUGAUAGGAAUUCAGAAGUAUCAUCAAAAUGCAGUGGAUGUGAAAUAUGUAAUUAUCAUCCAGGCUCACUUAUCUUCGACAGCGAAUCGGAAAUGGCGCCAAACGCCGAGGAGGAGAUGCUGGCGGUGAAGCCCUGGAGUCUUCAACAAGAUAAAGAACGCCUUCGACCACCUACGUACAACGCCGAGGACUACGCAAUUGCACUGAGACGCUGGGGAAGACGACCCAUGACAAGUGUUCAAGACUCCCAGGGCACUUUACCGUCUACAACGAGUUCUUCAUCGGGAUAUGUAUCAGGAAGUGGAGAGAUGACAUUGAGGCAAUUCACAUCAGUCAGUGAACUUCUCAAUAAACUCCGAGCUGAUCUCAGACUAGCAUUUCCCAGUUUUGUUCAGGAAUUUUCGUCAGCCCCAGCCGACGGGAUAACUCUCCUCCUCGAGACCCUACGCGGCGUUCAAUUAGUGCAGAGUACACCACCGUCUGGUCAGAAUGGCCCCAGAAUUGGGACCAGGAGAGCAGCCCUUGAUGAGCUUGGAUGUGUUGAGUGCUUGGCAGCAUGCACCGAUAGAUGCGCUGAUGCACCGCGACUCCUGGCCCAAGCACAACCCGGACUUCUCGCCCUGGCAGUAUGUCUUACCAGUAGCCUGAACCGGUCUCGGGUUCUGGCUCUUCAGCUAUUGACGAAGGUAUGCCAGACACCCAACGGACAUUUGGCGGUAUCUGAAGCUGUCUCGACCUUGAGAUUAAGAUACGGCGAGGGUGGUAGGUUCCGAUUUCUUGCCGGAGCCCUCCUAGCCCCGAGGGCGGCGAUAGCGCUGAGGGUGGCCGGAAUAUCCUUCCUCAACGCCUUCUUAACAUCUGCUUCACGAACACAAACAAGACUCUACAUCCAGGCUGAGGCGUGCGAGGCGGGCCUAGAGCCCCGGGUCCUCCAAGACUGGCUGACGGAUGUUGACGGCCGUAGUGAGGAUGCCCUAAUGGAUUUACUGAAGAAAGAAGUACUCAAAUGGUCGCAAAAUUGCGUCGACGUAGACCUUCUGCAGAAAAGAUUGGCCCGAGCCGAAGAGGCCUGCUCCAUGCUCAGUAAUAAGGUCUCCCUCCUCCAGAAUCAGCUCGACAAACUACAUAUGGAGAAGAGAAACAGCAACAACAUGGAGGAUCGUAAAAUAAAAAUCACUAAGAGUGACCCGAAGGUGCAACGAUUGUCAUCAAAUGGUGAGGACGAGGGAAUAAGCUCCUCCGAGAGAUCCAGCAGCCCUGAAGACCUUCACCAGGCUAAGACAAUGGACAACGAUAAUGAUCAGGAGACAACGAUUGACGAUGUUAUCGAAGAACUGAGGAUAAUCGUCAAAGACGCUGAAGAACAGGACCGGAUGGAUCACAAGAGCCGAAAGGAUUCCAAUCAGAAAGCCAAAUUGACCAAGACAAAAAGCAAAUCGAAAGUCAAAGAUCUUCUGUCGAAUGUCGAUAAUAAAGAGGUUCCUGUCAGCUACUACGUUCAUGAUGAGCAACAAAUUAUGAAUAAUCAAGCUCAGUAUCCGUUGAGCAUCGACGGAGGAAGCUUAAAGAUCGUUGUCAAGGGUCCAGAUGUCGAGGAAGCUAUAGUCCCGGCGAUUUUGUAUCCUCAACCACCUAGGAGGACUCCUCCAUGUUUAUCGACGAUCCUCGCAACGAGACAAGAGGAUUUUUUAGAUCAUCCGGUGGUUUAUAAUCUUCAGGACGACGAGGAUGGUGAGGAGGAGACUCUCGGCGACGGCAGUGAUUCUCUUUUGAGUGCUUCAAGGCUCAAGUACAACAUCAAGAAUCAGGAGAGCGUACAAGGUCACGGAUUGUACCCGGGGAAGAGUGGAGUUCAGGCCAAGGACUCCUGUCAAAGUGAUGAGAAUAACGAUAGCAAGUGUAAGAAGACAAUCAGAAAUUUUGAUGUCUCUCUCAAGACUAACCAAGACAACUCCUUCAACUGUCUGUCGAAGCUGGAUGUUUAUCAUCAGUUCGAGCCCACAACGAAGAUUGGUAAUUCAAGGUACAGAAUGAAGGAUCCUGAGCGGAAAAAACUCCUCAGAAGAUCUGUUUCUCACGACAUCUUGAGCUCAGAACACUCAAGUCCCUUAUCACGACGAUCUGGUAGUAAAGUCGAAGGAAGAAUCAGAAAAUUUGAGAGUAUGAAUUCAUUCGAUAACACGAGUUUGAAGAACUUCUCUCACAACUCCGGCAAUUGGAAUAAUCAGAAAAAAUCUAAUCCUGAUAAUUGUCGAAAGAUUCGUCGAUCAGAAUCUUGUCAUCAUGUUUACAAUCCCGUGAGACGAGACAGUCGUGCUGGCAGUGACAGUGGACUUCAUUACAUCACAGAUUUUGAUCUGGAGCCUGUCAUGACGAUGAGAAAGCCGGAGCUUGCGGAGGGGGAAAAUCAGUUGACAAAAUCCUUGGACAGGAUUGACGAGGGACUGGACACUAUGGUUGACAUUGUUAUCGGGGAAUCUGAACGGUGGAUGCAGGGGAGGUUGGCCAGCGAGAGGAAUGCCAAGUAUUCGAGAUCUUGUGAUAAGGGAAAGGGGAGACAGACUAAUUCAGUAAAACGAGGGACUGCUAAGGAGCCAGGAAUAAAGGGCAACGAAGGUAAGCACGGACAACUGAAGAGUGAUCAACUCUACAGAGAAUUUCAUCCAACGGGGGCCCUGAGAAAUGAUGAAUUGUACAAGGAGCGAUCUCGGUGGAGUGUCGAGAGAGUCAAUCAUGAAAUGACGUCUUUUGAAAAAAUUCAUAACUUUACUAAUAACAAUCUCCCUAUUAUCACGUCGUUCUAUCAGGAGAAGGGGAUGAAUAAGUUCUCAGUUAAUGAGGCAGGCAUUUUCUUGCCCUCGGGAAGGCCUUACGAUGCUUUUGGAUUGGGGAAAAAUCGAUUCAAUGCGGGAAAGUACUCGGGAAAUCCCACUGUUGAUGAGGGAAUAGGAGGCAGACGAAAUUCAGGAAGUUCGGCUAUUAAGAGGGGAAAAGUGACCGAUAUUAUUUCCGGUUUAUACUGAUGUGAAUGAACGAUGGUUUAAAAUGCGAUGUUACAGGGUAGGGUAAUUUUCCGACAAGAUGGACGACUUAUGCUGAAUAUUUAACUGUAAACUGUUAAUAUUUGUUGAAAAUAAAUGAGUUUGUUUACUGGGUA